GGGUUGUUGCCCGGCGCCACAUGGCAAUCUCUUGGCGAGCGCGUUUGCUCGCUCGCGCUCAGCUAUAGAAUGGUGAUCUGAUCCACUCCAAGACGCUCGUGGUCUUUUUUAUUGCUGUUUGUACUACUAGAACCCGCAAGAAAAGUUUACUCAAUGGCUACCGCUUCUGCCACGCGGGCGAAAACGGCAGAAGACCAAGAGACAAGACUGUCACGACAAGAGGCUGCGAUGGCGACGGUCAGCGAGCAGCUGACUAGGCUCACAGAUUUGGUGACGCAGCUUACAACGUCACCACCGGUGCCAAGCACUCAGGGGCCAUCAGAGCAGCAGCAACGGACACCUUUGCCAGCGCCAUCCGUCAAGCCCAAUGUUGUGGUGGAGUCUAAGAGUAAGUCAGCUCCGUACAAUCGCCGUCCCGCUGGGGUGCCAGGGUCGGUGCCCAUGCCAUUGUUGGCAAAAGUUGUCUCCUUUCAACUCGAAUUUGGCGAACUUGUUCUACUCGCCGGCGCCAGCGCCAACAGAGGUUGUGCAAAGAAGAAGUCUGGCGGCGCUUUGGUGCCUCUUCAAGCUCUGAUGGGAGCUAUGUCGACUUACUUUGUGGCUAUGGCGGAUUUCUACCCUAAACACGCCCUGUCGAUAAUGAAAGGUCAAGCCGUGCUCGCCAAUUGGCUCUGGGCGCUGCACGGAAUGGGAGUGACCGAUACGGCUCUGUCAGAAUUCAUUGAGCUCCAAUUCGCAGGAAAACAGGCGAAAAUGGCCACGGGAGCGAUGGACACAUGGCAAAUCGAAGAUCCCCUGUCGGCGCAAAUUAUUACAGCUAGGCUUGUGGCGGAACGAUCAACGGCUCGUGGAGAGACAGCGAAGUCAAUUGAGAGCGCGGAACUUCGGGACGACAGUCGAGCAGCUCCGCAGUUCGUCCGCCAAUGUUUCGAAGAGCGCGACCGGGGACGAUGCGGAAAGAGCAAUUGCGCGUACCGCCAUCAGCAUAAAGACUGAAGGCAGGCAGGAUCGCACGCUUGGCAACCCUGCCUCUUCAAGAAGCGUAGACCGCCUGACCGGAUUCCGUCGGCACGGCAUAAUGCAGAUCCCCGUUCAAACUACUUGCGACCCUACAGUCGCG